AAGGAGAGGAGGGUCAGCUGACAGCCGUCGCCAUCGUCUGCAGUCGCUGUCAUCUUCUGCAAUCGGCAUCCUUAAAAAAAUGGCAAACGUUUUUGAGAUACUAUGUUGACGAUAAGCCGUGAAAAGCUGUCGACGAAGUGUUUAGCAGAAUAGUCAUGGGUAACUCAUCUUCCAAAUCCAGUGCCAAAAAAAUAUCCACACAAAGUGGCCAGUUGGUUAACUUCAUUGAACACUCUCAGAUGGAGACUGAGCAAAGUCUGGCAGCUCUAGCACAGCAGAAGGAAAGAAGAAGAACGGAAUUACUGGCUUUUGAAGAACAACAGGCAAAACGGUUGGCAGAAGAAGCCCAACUUAAAAAUUUCUCUCAAGCAAAUCAUAACAAGUUUCUGAAGCAUAUUACUGAAAGCCAAAAAGAAGUUGAAAGUCGACUUGCAGAGAUUCAUCAGCAACAGGAAGCAUCAAGGCAAAAGUUUUCAGAACAGCUUUAUAAAACUGAAGCUGAAAUGGAAGCCAGUAUUGUUUAUGUAUUAAAAAAUAUCCAGGCCCACAGAGAUCAGAUACAACUUCAGGAUCUAGUAAAAGCAGAAGAAAAUCAAUGUCAUUGCCUACUGGCCCUCAAGUUAGAAGAAUUCAAGAAUCUUAGAAAAGAAGAUAUUUUGAAUGCUAUGAAAACCCAGCUUGAACAAGACAUAUCCAGUCAGAAAACAAUGUUGAAUAAAACCCUAUUCAAUGUGGUGCAAAUGGAGGAUGAAGUAAAAAAUCGUCAGAUUGACCAAAUUUUGCAGCAUCGGCAAAAAGACCAAGCUGCUCUAGUCAUGUCGUUAUUAGAAGAAGAAUCUUGGCAGUACCAAGCGUUUUCGUCAUUGUUAUCCCAGCGUGAUCGGCGGACCACCCAGCUUAGCGAAGAUAUUCGAGCCGUAGUAGAUAAACUUAAUCAGCUUACCGCUUGGGAAUUACAGCGCAAAAGCAGGCAAAUCGAUAUUACUAACAACUUGCUCUCGGAAAAUCGUAUACAACUGGCUGACUUGCUUUCCCAGUUAAUAGAGCAACAGCAGCUGCGUCGUAAAGAUCUAAAACACCUCUUGGAAGAAAUGGAAGUCCAGCGACAGAACCAAGCGGCCGACUAUUGGCUUGUCCAGUAUCAGCGUCUAAUCGAUAACAUGCCUGAUAAUAUUCAACAUGCACAACAGUAUCUUCCAAGUGCGCCUUCCUCUGUACUCGAUGAUGAGGAGGUGGCAUCCGCUCCUCCGAUGGAAGUUUUUAUGGAAACUAAUUGCGUCAUAUGCUUGGACAGUUCAUGCCAAGUUAUAUUCCUUUCUUGUGGACACUUAUGUUGUUGUUCUGGAUGUGGCAACAAGCUAAAUCAAUGCCCAAUGUGCCGGGCAACCAUCGUUAAACGACUGCAGGUUCACUCAUAAUGUUAUUUAUUUGCUUUUUAGCUUUUCAUCGGUCAUAUCUUUGUGCCUUUGGCAUCCUAAAAAAAAUGUUUUCUUCAUUUUUAUCUUGUCUGUUGCUACUGUCGUUUCGAGACGUAAAUCACACUUUAAUUUUCACAGUAUACAAACUAUUUGAGGUCGUGUUUUUUUUUCUUUUAUUAAUUUUUUUGUCGUGCGAAUACAAAUUUUAUCACACA